CUUGCUGAAUUUUGUGGCUCUUUCUUCUUCUAUCAAGUACAUUCAAGCUGCUAUCAAGAGAUGGGAGGAAGGGCCUUCUGCACAGUGAAAGCACUGUUGUUGUGUGGCUAUUGAUAACAAGAAUGGACAAAUAGCAACUUCUUCUCCAGGCUUGUCCUUCACAGCGCCUUUCCUCUGGUAGAAACCGGUUUGCUCUGGCUCACUGUAAUUAUCUUCAGCUACCUUGAGUUUGACUUGUGUCAUGAUCAGUUUCUGUGAUUUACAUUGAACAGUCUCAGAGUGACAUACUCCAGAGCUUGAAUUUCAUGGGAAUGUUGGAAACAUGUAGAAAUGUGCAGGGUGUUUGCUUACCCACUUGUAGAAUGUGCCUGGAGAAUUUUCCACCUCCUGCUUCUAUAUUGCAAAUUAAUUUUUGCCUUUGAUCUACAAAAAUAUAUUCAAACUCGUCUAUGUAGUUUAUUUUGCUUUAGGUCUUCUUCUGUAAGUCUGGAGUCAGCGAUUCUAUCUAUGUCAUCUGCCUGUGGCAUUCCUGCCCUGCCCAGCACCUUGAGUGCUGAGGAAAACAGUGAACUCACCUGGCCCUGCCACAUUCUACAGGUGAAAUGUUGGCACUCGGGCCAAAGACACCUCCUAUGGGGCAUGGAAAAUGACAGCGUCCCCUGGUUGAGAGACCACAGAGCUGUUCUAGACCCUCACUAUUGAAGCUUGCUCAUUUGUCUAGCCCACUAAAGAGCAGAUCACAAACCUGUAUGCUCCAGGACAGCAGCCAAGCCUGUCACCCUCCUCCGUGCCCUCCUCCCUUCUUGCUCCAGCCUGAAACUACCCUACCUCCUUGGGGUAGGGCUCCUUAGCCCUGCCUUCUUUUUAUUUACCUCAGUGAUUGGCAGUGAUUUGGGUGGGCCACUGUGGCUUGUCCCUCUCGAUAGAGCAUGGUCAGGUUCCCUUCCUUGACUUGCUGCCUUCACCUUCUGUGAUGUGAAGGCUGGUGGAUGUGUGUACUUGAGAGAUGUAACCUAGGAAAAUUACCUGGAAAAAAUGAUGUAUGAGCCAGACUUAAAAAUAAGGAAACCAUUGUGUUCAAAAAGUAGAAACUUUUAUAUGUUGAGGAAAUAGAUUAAAGGAACCAUCAUCUAAUAAAAAAGGAAAACUUGCCAUGUAAAUGAGUUCAGGAGGAAAUAAUGUUCUAAUGGUUCAAAUAGAGUGUUUUUAAAUUAAUCUGGAGAAUGUACAAGUAAGAUAUUGAAGUAUGCUCCAUGGGUUUUACUGUUCCUGGGCCAGAAUGCACACACUCUUGGUCUGCUCUGCCCCCUAAGACCUCUUGUGGAAAUAUGUGAGUGCUGGCUCCUCAUGGACACUCAGUUGUUAUUGUGUGUGGAUUUAAGGUCGGUGACACUAAAGGCAGAGUCCUCUGUCACCAGCACUUAUUCUAACGGUGUGAGUCAGUAGACGGGGUGAUAGUUAGAUAAGUUUUAUCUUCAAUAAAAUAUCACCUCUAUCUACCAUAUGUGGGGCUUGUUUUGGUUUUGUUUUGAGAGGGGUUGUUUUUGCUAUCUAGUGAAGGUUGUACUGUAUGAUUUAAUCAUACUUGUAUUUUUAUGACCUGUUGACAGCCGAUUCUAGGGGAAAAUUCCCUGGAUCAUUUGUUGGAAGAUUACUAGAUGUGAAGCUUUUUCUUGCAUGGUCCUGAGUGAAAUCUUGGGAAUUACUGUUCAGAAAAGAAUUAGUAAAAAUGAAUGUUUGUAGCAUGUUGUCCCUUCUGCCUCCUGUAGUGGCCUGGGUCCCCAGCCCUCUGUUGAAGGUCAUCCAUUCCACCUUCAUCCCAGCCGGAACAUCUGUCUCUGGGCUCUCGGGACAGGAGCACACCGCAGUGUGGGAAGGGCAGUUCGUAUGUGUCGAAGUGUUGCCUGUCUGAAUUCGUCUCCUUUUGCCCGGUUUCUGUCUGGAGCACUCUGUUCCCCACCAAGUCCAUCUGCAGUGGCAGGAAAGCAGGCUUUGUAUAGUGAAAGAUCCCCUCCUUCUCCACGGGCCUCUGCCUGUGGUGAGCGAAGAACAACUCACAGCUGACAGACAAGGCAGGGAAGAGCCUCAGCAGUGGCGUUCUAGUGAAGAGCCCGGGUCCCCUUCCCCUUUCACUUGGAAACCUGUGCUAUGGGUGCCAGAGGCAACUCCAUUUUGCAGAACAUCGUUAAUGAGCAAGUAGAAAGUCUGAAGGUCACAUGGCUAACCAAGUGGUGAGGCUGGGGCCUACAUGUUAGCCCGUGGCCGCCUGGUAACUAACACAGGUUUCCUAGGUGGGCUUUGAAUCUGUAAAUUGGCUUUAGUACAUAGCAUAUGUACUAAAUGAAUAUCAACUAAAUACAGUACUUAUUAUUUGGCAAAAAACUAAGCACAGAAGUAGACCUUGAGACUUGGUUACAUUCCUCCUGCCCACAGGAAGCUCGGGCAUCAGUUCUCAGAUUGUACCUUCCAUGUGACCUCCUGAAUUGAAUGUACCAUUGGUGCCACCUUCCUUUUGCUGAUGCGGCAUUUCUUCAUUUUGACUCCCUAAAAACAAUUGGUUCUGUAAAACACAUGACUCUCAGAGAGAGAGAGAAAACAGUCGGCCCCACUGCCCACUUGGAUCAGAACAGUGGUCAGAGGAGUAACUGUGGGGCCACUGAGACUGAGGUCCGGGAUUACACCCAAGGAGACUGCAGACAGUUGGACUGUUGCUGAUAUGUGUUCAAGAUGAGUGGGAUGGGAGAAAACACCUCUGACCCGGCGAGGGCAGAGACAAGGAAACGCAAGGAAUGUCCUGACCAGCUUGGACCCAGCCCCAAAAGAAGCACUGAGAAACGUAAUCGUGAGCAGGAAAAUAAGUACAUAGAAGAACUUGCAGAGCUAAUUUUUGCAAAUUUUAAUGAUAUCGACAACUUCAACUUCAAACCUGACAAAUGUGCAAUCUUAAAAGAAACUGUGAAGCAGAUUCGCCAGAUCAAAGAGCAAGAGAAAGCAGCAGCUGCCAACAUAGAUGAAGUGCAGAAGUCAGACGUGUCCUCCACAGGGCAGGGUGUCAUCGACAAGGAUGCGCUGGGGCCUAUGAUGCUUGAGGCCCUCGAUGGGUUCUUCUUUGUAGUGAACCUGGAAGGCAACGUGGUGUUCGUAUCAGAGAAUGUGACACAGUACCUAAGGUAUAACCAGGAAGAGCUGAUGAACAAAAGUGUCUACAGCAUCCUGCAUGUCGGGGACCACACUGAAUUCGUCAAGAACCUGCUGCCAAAGUCCAUAGUGAAUGGGGGAUCUUGGUCUGGCGAACCUCCAAGGCGGAACAGCCAUACCUUCAACUGUCGGAUGCUGGUGAAGCCUUUACCUGAUUCAGAAGAGGAAGGCCAUGAUAACCAGGAAGCACAUCAGAAAUAUGAAGCUAUGCAGUGCUUUGCUGUGUCUCAGCCCAAGUCCAUCAAAGAAGAAGGAGAAGAUUUGCAGUCCUGCUUGAUUUGCGUGGCGCGCAGAGUCCCCAUGAAGGAAAGGCCAGCCCUUCCCUCAUCAGAAAGCUUUACCACCCGCCAGGACCUCCAAGGCAAGAUCACGUCUCUGGACACGAGCACCAUGAGAGCCGCCAUGAAGCCAGGCUGGGAGGAUCUGGUGAGAAGAUGCAUUCAGAAGUUCCACACACAGCAUGAAGGGGAGUCUCUGUCAUACGCCAAGAGGCAUCAUCAUGAAGUUCUGAGACAAGGAUUGGCGUUCAGUCAGAUCUAUCGUUUUUCUUUGUCCGAUGGCACUCUUGUUGCUGCACAGACGAAAAGCAAACUCAUCCGUUCUCAGACGACUAACGAGCCUCAGCUUGUAAUAUCCUUACACAUGCUUCACAGAGAGCAGAAUGUAUGUGUAAUGAAUCCGGAUCUGACUGGACAAGCGAUGGGGAAGCCAUUGAAUCCAAUUAGCUCUAGCAGCCCUGCCCAUCAGGCCAUGUGCAGUGGGAACCCAGGUCAGGACAUGACCCUCGGUAGCAAUAUAAACUUUCCCAUGAAUGGCCCAAAGGAACAAAUGGGCAUGCCUAUGGGCAGGUUUGGUGGUUCUGGGGGCAUGAACCAUGUAUCAGGCAUGCAAGCAACCACUCCUCAGGGUAGUAACUAUGCACUCAAAAUGAACAGUCCCUCACAAAGCAGCCCCGGCAUGAACCCAGGGCAACCCACCUCCAUGCUCUCACCAAGGCAUCGCAUGAGCCCCGGCGUGGCUGGCAGUCCUCGCAUCCCACCCAGUCAGUUUUCCCCUGCAGGAAGCUUGCAUUCCCCUGUGGGAGUUUGCAGCAGCACAGGAAAUAGCCAUAGUUAUACCAACAGUUCCCUCAAUGCACUGCAAGCCCUCAGCGAGGGCCAUGGGGUCUCAUUAGGGUCAUCGUUGGCUUCACCGGACCUAAAAAUGGGCAAUUUGCAAAACUCCCCAGUUAAUAUGAAUCCUCCCCCACUCAGCAAGAUGGGAAGCUUGGACUCCAAAGACUGUUUUGGACUUUAUGGGGAGCCAUCAGAAGGUACAACUGGACAAGCAGAGACCAGCUGCCAUCCUGGAGAACAAAAGGAGCCCAAUGAUUCCAGCCUGCCCCCGGCAGCCAGCGGGGAGAGGGCCGAGGGCCACAGCCGGCUGCAUGACAGCAAAGGGCAGACCAAACUCCUCCAGCUGCUGACCACCAAGUCCGACCAGAUGGAGCCCUCCCCCUUGCCCAGCUCGCUGUCAGACACAAAUAAGGACCCUGCAGGGAGCCUGCCUGGGCCUGGCUCCACGCACGGCACCUCUCUCAAGGAGAAGCAUAAGAUUUUGCACAGACUCUUACAGGACAGCAGCUCCCCUGUGGACUUGGCCAAGCUGACAGCAGAAGCCACGGGCAAAGAGCUGAGCCAGGAGUCCAGCAGCACAGCACCUGGGUCAGAAGUGGCCGUCAAACCGGAGCCAGUGAGCCCCAAGAAGAAAGAGAAUGCACUACUUCGCUAUUUGCUCGAUAAAGAUGAUACUAAAGAUAUCGGUUUACCGGAAAUAACCCCCAAACUUGAGCGACUGGACAGUAAGACAGAUCCUGCCAGUAAUACAAAACUAAUAGCUAUGAAAACUGUGAAAGAGGAGAUGAGCUUUGAGCCCAGUGACCAGCCUGGCAGCGAGCUGGACAACUUGGAAGAGAUUUUGGAUGAUUUGCAAAAUAGUCAGUUACCACAGCUCUUCCCAGACACCAGGCCAGGAGCCCCUGCUGGGUCAGUCGACAAGCAAGCCAUCAUCAAUGACCUCAUGCAGCUCACGGCGGACAGCAGUCCUGUCACUCCUGCUGGAGCCCAGAAAGCAGCGCUGCGCAUGUCACAGAGCACUUUUAAUAACCCACGACCAGGGCAACUGGGCAGGUUAUUGCCAAACCAGAAUUUACCACUUGACAUCACAUUGCAAAGCCCAACUGGUGCUGGACCUUUCCCACCAAUCAGAAACAAUAGUCCCUACUCAGUGAUACCUCAGCCAGGAAUGAUGGGUAACCAAGGGAUGCUAGGAAGCCAAGGAAACUUAGGGAACAAUAGCACAGGAAUGAUUGGCAGUAGCACCUCUCGGCCCACCAUGCCUUCUGGGGAAUGGGCACCACAGAGUUCGGCUGUGAGAGUCACUUGUGCUGCUACCACUGGUGCCAUGAACCGGCCAAUCCAAGGAGGCAUGAUCCGGAACCCAACAGCCAGCAUCCCCAUGCGAGCCAACAGCCAGCCCGGCCAAAGACAGAUGCUCCAGUCUCAGGUCAUGAACUUAGGGCCUUCUGAACUUGAGAUGAACAUGGGGGGACCUCAGUAUAAUCAACAGCAAGCUCCUCCAAAUCAAACUGCCCCGUGGCCUGAGAGCAUCCUGCCUAUAGACCAGGCAUCUUUUGCCAGCCAAAACAGGCAGCCGUUCGGCAGCUCCCCUGAUGACCUGCUGUGUCCACAUCCUGCAGCAGAGUCUCCAAGUGAUGAGGGCGCUCUUCUAGACCAGCUGUAUCUGGCCUUGCGGAACUUCGAUGGCCUCGAGGAGAUUGACAGAGCGCUGGGGAUCCCAGAACUGGUCAGCCAGAGCCAGGCUGUGGAUCCGGAACAGUUCUCAAGUCAAGAGUCUAACAUGAUGCUGGAGCAGAAGGCCCCUGUUUUCCCACAGCAGUAUGCAUCUCAGGCACAGAUGGCCCAGGGUAGCUAUAAUCCCAUGCAAGAUCCAAACUUUCACACCAUGGGACAGCGGCCUAAUUACACCACACUCCGUAUGCAGCCCCGACCAGGCCUCAGGCCCACAGGCCUCGUGCAGAACCAGCCAAACCAACUGAGACUUCAACUUCAGCAUCGCCUCCAAGCACAGCAGAAUCGCCAGCCGCUUAUGAAUCAAAUCAGCAAUGUUUCAAAUGUGAACUUGACUCUGAGGCCUGGAGUGCCAACGCAGGCUCCUAUUAAUGCACAGAUGCUGGCCCAGAGGCAGAGGGAAAUCCUCAACCAGCAUCUUCGGCAGAGACAAAUGCAUCAGCAGCAGCAGGUGCAGCAGCGAACUCUGAUGAUGAGAGGACAGGGGUUGAAUAUGACCCCAAGCAUGGUGGCUCCUAGCGGCAUCCCAGCAGCCAUGAGCAAUCCCCGGAUCCCCCAGGCCAAUGCCCAGCAGUUUCCGUUUCCUCCAAACUACGGAAUAAGUCAGCAGCCUGAUCCUGGCUUUACAGGGGCUACGACUCCCCAGAGUCCGUUAAUGUCCCCCCGGAUGGCGCACACCCAGAGUCCCAUGAUGCAGCAGUCUCAAGCCAACCCAGCCUACCAGCCCCCCUCAGACAUGAACGGAUGGGCACAGGGGAGCAUGGGCGGAAACAGCAUGUUUUCACAACAGUCACCACCACACUUUGGACAACAAGCAAACACCAGCAUGUACAAUAACAACAUGAACAUCAACGUGUCCAUGGCAACCAACACAGGUGGCUUGAGCAACAUGAACCAGAUGACAGGACAGAUCAGCAUGACCUCAGUGACCUCCGUGCCUACGUCGGGGCUGUCCUCCAUGGGUCCCGAGCAGGUAAAUGACCCUGCUCUGAGGGGAGGCAACCUUUUCCCAAACCAACUGCCUGGAAUGGACAUGAUCAAGCAGGAGGGAGAUGCAUCUCGGAAGUACUGCUGACCCUGCUGGAGGGAGCUGGUUGCCUCUGUCUUCAGCCCUCGGGCUUACUUGCUCAAAACCCUGACCAGUCUGCGGAGCUGCGUCUCUUUGUUCUGACCCACCUGACCUGCCACCGGUUCUCCCAGGACACGAUCAGCAGACAGUUGGGCCCCGGCCCCAGCAUAGAGUGUGCUGGCCUGGCUGCCACUGGGAGAGCGGCCUCUCCUGACAGCCUGAAGCUCGCCUCCAGACCAUCUCGCAGUCUGUUCACUGCAUUCACCUUAGUGCAACUUAGAUCUCUCCUGCAAAGUCAAUGUCGACAGGCAAACUUCAUACCCAUUCAGAUUGAAUGUAUUUAAAUGUAUGUAUCUAAGGAGAACCAUGCUCUUGUUCUGUUCCUGUUCGGUUCCACACACUGGUUUCUUGCUUUGUUUUCCUUGGCUAAUCAGUCUAGUACAAAAGAGUAUGAUCCUAUCUAGAGGAAAGAAAGGAAUUUUUUAACAAAGUCAAACACAAGGUGUUGUAAGCGGAAGCCUGCAUUUGGGAUGGAAGCAGGGCAGACACUGGACGACGUUCCCGGUGAGUGACAGUCAACACAGCUGAGUGUGUCCUGCAGAGAGCUGGCCACCGUGUCGGAAGGAGGGUCCGGUUUGAACAGAUGAGAAGGCGCCUGAAAGAGGGCUGUUCACAUUAACAAGGAUCUGUUUUCCUCUGUCUGAAAACCAAACCAGUUCCCCUAAAUCAGGAGUAAAAGGAAGUAUUUAUUUCUAAGUUAACUGUUUUUAGAUGCAUCGGGUGGUUUGAAUUGGCGUCUCCUCCCCGUCUCCUCCGGUCUCCGACCCUGACCCCUCCCCUCCCUGCCUUCUCUGUCCACUUCUAUUCUUUAAAUAAAACAACAGCAACAGCCUGAGCUGUAGAAACCAGGUUAGCCGUUCAUGCUGUCAGGGUCUGCCAGCCACUCAGCAGCAGCUUACCGUCGGAAAUGCGUUUCCUGUCGAGGAGAGGAACAAAGUGGAGAUCCAGUCAGGCCGCGACACCUGCGGGGGAAGGCCUAGGCUGCCGCCCCCGCCCGGCCCCGAAUCGAGAGCACUGAUGAGAUCACAGCAGACAGCACCACAGAUCUGACCUCUGCCAUGGGUUUUUUAUUUUGUUUUUUAGCAGUGCUGACAAAGCCGAAGUUUUGUAAGGUACAUAAAAAUCCAAUUUAUAUGUAAACAAGCAAUAAUUUAAGUUCAGAACUUAAGUGUUUUAAUUGUAUAAUUUUGUGAGGUAUACAUAUUGUGGGAUUGACUCAAAAAUGAGGUACUUCAGUAUUAAAUUAGAUAUCUCAUAGCAGUGUCUCCUAAAGGUGUUUUGUAAAGGCUGCCGAUGCCUUGAUUAGACCUGAUUUGUAGACUUAAGACCUUUCGUUUUCUAACCUUGAGAUCUGCUCAUGAAUCAUGUAUCUAAUCUAUAUGAUAUGCAGCCGCCGUAGGAACCACUUCUUGAUUUUAUAUGUUUCUAUUCUUUCUUAAUAAACCCUAGAAAGACUACAUGUUACUAAGCAGCGCACUUUUAUGGUUGUUUUUCUUGCCCACUCUGUCAGGGGAUAACCUUUGUUAAUUGGUAUCAGUUUCUGACAACUGCAGUACCCAGAACUAGGACCUUUUCAAUUCUCCCCAACCCCUGAUAUACAUACUUUCUUACCUAAAUUUCAGAAUGAUAUCUUUUUUGAUGUCUAAAAACAAAGCAUUUUAUAAUAUCUCAUUAGCCAAGCUUUCUAGGAACAGAGAAGUUUUUCCUUGAAAUUUAAUUGUUUAUUCCUGGCAGGGUGAAAACAUAUAAACUACCCUAUUUAUAUUUAUAUCUCUCUAUAUAUCUACAGAUUGUGGAAAUAUAGAAAGAGAUAUGACCCAAAGACAAAUGGUAAAUCAUCUGAAAGUGUUGCUCCAUGCUAAAGAACUUUCUGGAAAUUUGCAUUUCGAUACCUUUUUCCACUUUGAGAGGAAUGUCAGUGCAGGGAGGUGGCCAAGGAACAGCACUUCCCAGUGGCCACCAGUUCAUGUGUCUGCCCAAGGCUCCACUGUUCUCCACCAAACCAUUGGGUUGCACAGCCAUGCUGGCAAAAGGGAGCAGAUGUAGGCCCAGAAGGCUAGGACUUCACCCCAGUAAUGAGGCUCAUGUGGUACACUCCUGAAUGUGCCCCGUUGUCAGAAAUAUGUGAGGUAGGACAACCUUUAACUUCACACGACACAGGAGAAAAUGGAGUUUAAAACAGCUUUGUUUUGUUUUGAAUUUUAAAUCCCAUUUCACUCUAACACCAGCCACGAUAUCUCUCUUUCAACAUUCAUCCAAUCUACCCCUUUUUUUCUAAUGUCAGUCCCAACCAGGCAAGUGUGUAAAGCCGGCAGGCAGAAUAACCCGUGAUCAUGACGUGAGGAAGAGAGUCAAUUCUCUCGCGGUUCCGAGCAGCAAUGCAGUGUAUUUGACAUCUGAGGAGAAGGAAGUAAGGGAAGGAGUCCUCUGAUCACGUUCUCACAGAAGCCAACGCCAAAUCGGCUCCUGUCGUCAGCAUUUCUCAUGCUGGACACAAAUCUGUACUUGGUUUUUGUUUAACAGAACAUAUUAUCAGUGUUUUCUUAUAUUACUCAAUGUGAAAAACAUAAUGUGAAAAGUGUACACACCGUAACUCCGGUUGUAAAACCCAUUUGAGUGUUCAUGUAACGUGGUAAGUUCUCAAAGUGAAGUGAGCUGCAUUACGACAGAUUCCAUUGACGCGAAGAUUAGAACAGCCCCCACGUGUAUCUCUUACGACCUGUGAUCAUUGAAAGCAAUGGUUGUGUGCAGUUUAAGAUGCCGUUUUUAAUCUGUGUUUUAAAAUGGAGUUCAUAUGGGUGUGACACACGAACUGGGAGGCACAGAUCCACUUGCAGAACCCAAAGAUACACAAUCAAUUUUGAAAUGCAACUUAAGCCAUUAAUUGUUGGUGUGGAUUUAAAAUUUUCUAGUGUUUGUAUGGUAGUCUGCUGCCUAAGAGCAAAGCAUUCUCUGCACAAAAGAAAAUUACUCUAGUGGCUUCGACUUUAAUUAGAAUUUUCUCCCUGGUCUUUCUUUAUAGACUAAAAAUCUUUUAAGUUUCUUACUACAGGUAAAAGCUAUGUGCAAGAACCUCAAAAUGCUAAAACCUAGCAUAAUGCCUUAGAUCUGUUUUUAAGUCUUGUAUAUUCCUACAUAGCUGUCCAAUGUAUUAUAUUUGUAUAGUGAAUUGUGUACAAUUUUUGAAUAAGUGCAUCAUCACUUAACCUUAUGUUAUUGAACAGUGAUGAUGAUCCAUUUCUUCAAACAUUUAACUGUCAUUUUUUUUCUUUGUCAUUCGUGGGUUUUAUUUGUACAGUUCCUCAUGAAGUUGCAUCUGAGAUAUGUGUAUAUGAAAAGAUUAUACAAGGGUAAAAUUAAGCAAUAUAUUAACUAUGGUUCUUCAGGAGAAAGCUUACAGUGUUUCAGGUUGUGAUUUCUUUUCAAAGCAGAGUUGACUCUGAACAUCACUUUGUUCAUCUGCAUUGAUGUGUGUAUUUCUAGUGUGAGCAGUUUAUGCAAAGGUAGAUAUAUUCAGAGAAAUUUUAAAUACAUUUAUGCAAGUUACUAUUGCUUUGCUGAUGCUAUUUGCUUAUUUGAUGUUAAAUAAUGCUAUUGUAAAUAAAGAAUCUGUUGUUACUGCAUCAUUUAAUAAAUUUUAAUGCCUUCGGGUUUUACAUGGCUUUA